UGUCUCCUUUGUCGUCGUUGUUUGCUUUUUGCCAACUGUAUAAUACUGAUUUAUAACCACAAAGUGCUCUUACAAGUCCUGGAAACUCCCAAUUGCUUUCAGUGUCUUCAGCUCAGCCAAAGCUGUCCGAUGGAAGCUCAGCAGGAUGACUUGUGUAACUGAUAAAGCAUCGAACGCGUAAUUUGCUUUGCAAUCUUUUUGGUAGAAGGUGGUGAUAAAUGUAGGAUACUGCUAAGCUGAUUAUAGUGAUUAGGGUAUUUCACAACUUUCUAUUUCACAACUUUUUGUACUUGUAGUAUAUUUCAGUCCCUGAAUGCAAAGAAUGCCUAUCUACCGGGGAAAGCGUGUGAUGGUGGUGGGGAACUGCUUUUUGUGGGGUUAGUUGUUUUAAAAAUUACAAGUUUGGGAUUAUUUAAGAAAAUAAAGAGGCCUUCCCUUUUCCCUCAGCCAAUCUGCAGUAAAUUAAUAUUACACUUGCACUGGAAAGAAAACUGUUUGAACUGCUUUGAAAGUCAGAUUUAAACAUUAUCUUGAGCUGACUUGCAAGAAGAAGCAUAUAUUUUACCAAUAGAACAAAAAAAAGUACUACGUUGUCUGAGCUGGCAGGACAGCAUUUUCUGCACAUGUCUGGCUUUUGUCUGUGAGCAGAAGGUCCAAGUUAUGUUCCCAGCAAUCUCAAAAUGUUCAGAGUAAACAUAAUUUCUCUUUUAAAUAUUGGGACAUAAAGGGAAUAACUCAGAUUUUUUUUUUUUUUCUUUCUUCACUUAUCUGUUGAGGAUAUUUCAAACUAGUGUCACGGAUUACUUCAGCAGUAACCAGGCAUAAAAGACCCGUGUUGGUUCUUCAGAAUGAUUCUCUGUACUCUCAGAGACGUCCUUACACCAAUGAAGAUGAGGCCUGGAAAACCUUUCUUGAAAAUCCCCUUACAGCAGCUACCAAAGCUAUGAUGAGCAUCAAUGGGGAUGAAGACAGCGCGGCUGCCCUGGGACUGCUGUAUGAUUACUACAAGGUUCCAAGGGAGAGAAGAUCUUCAACAGCUAAACCAGAGGUAGAACAUCCUGAACAAGACCAUAGCAAAAGGAACAGCAUCCCAAAUGUGACAGAACAGUCACUCAUUUCUGCUGGAGAAAACAGAGUCCAGGUUCUGAAAAAUGUGCCUUUCAAUAUUGUCCUUCCACACACUCCCCAGAUGGGCAUGGACAAGCGAGGCCACCUCACAACUCCUGACACAACAGUCACCGUUUCAAUUGCCACGAUGCCCACCCAUUCCAUCAAAACGGAAACGCAGCCCCAUGGCUUUGCCGUGGGCAUCCCACCGAGUGUCUACCACCCCGAGCCCCCUGAGCGAGUGGUGGUCUUCGACAGGAACCUCAAUCCUGACCAGUUCAGUUCCAACACCCAGCCCCAAAACUCCCAGAGGCGAACACCAGACUCCACCUUCUCGGAGACUUUCAAGGAGGGCGUGCAAGAGGUUUUCUUUCCUACUGAACUGAAUCUGCGAAUGGCCAACAUGAAUUCAGAAGACUAUGUUUUUGACAGCAUUUCUGGGAAUAACUUUGAAUACACUCUGGAAGCCUCCAAGUCCCUCCGACAGAAGCCUGGGGACAGCACAAUGACUUACUUGAACAAAGGUCAAUUUUACCCCAUCACACUGAAAGAAGUCAGCAGCAGUGAAGGAAUCCAUCACCCCAUCAGUAAAGUCCGAAGUGUCAUUAUGGUCGUGUUUGCUGAAGACAAAACAAGGGAAGAUCAGCUCAGGCACUGGAAAUACUGGCACUCAAGACAGCACACGGCUAAACAAAGAUGCAUUGACAUAGCUGACUACAAGGAGAGCUUUAAUACCAUCAGUAACAUCGAGGAGAUCGCGUACAAUGCCAUAUCCUUCACUUGGGACAUCAAUGAGGAAGCGAAGGUUUUCAUUUCUGUGAACUGCCUCAGCACAGACUUCUCCUCUCAGAAGGGAGUUAAAGGCCUACCCCUGAAUCUUCAGAUUGACACCUACAGCUACAAUAACAGGAGUAACAAACCUGUCCACAGAGCCUACUGCCAAAUUAAAGUCUUCUGCGACAAGGGAGCAGAGAGGAAGAUCAGGGAUGAAGAGCGAAAGCAAAGCAAAAGAAAAGGCAAGUGCACUGACCCCAGCUCUCAGUUGAAUGCCUUUUCUGAUGUCAAAGUGCCCAUGCUUCCCUCACACAAACGUACAGACAUCACCAUCUUCAAGCCCUUCAUGGAUCUGGACACUCAGCCUGUCCUUUUCAUUCCUGACGUUCACUUUGCUAACCUCCAGCGUGGAGCUCAUGUCCUUCCUGUUGCUUCAGAAGAACUGGAGGGUGAAAGCUCCAACCUGAAGAGAGGAGCUUAUAUUGGUGAAGAGGACUUCAUUGCUACUCCGAAUAAGAUGGCCAGAAUAGAAGAGCCAAAAAGAGUGUUGUUGUAUGUCCGAAAAGAGUCAGAGGAAGUCUUUGAUGCACUAAUGUUAAAGACACCAUCUCUGAAAGGCCUAAUGGAAGCGAUAUCUGACAAGUAUGACGUUCCUUUUGAUAAAAUAGGAAAAAUCUUCAAAAAGUGUAAGAAAGGAAUUCUGGUCAACAUGGAUGAUAACAUUGUGAAACACUACUCUAAUGAAGAUACCUUCCAGUUGCAGAUUGAAGAAGUUGGAGGAUCUUAUAAGCUCACUCUGACUGAGAUCUAAAAUCACAGAUUCUCUGUGGAUUUUAAACAAAAGUCUCAAGUGAACACUUUCCCAUAAUUCAGCACGUUGGGCAAAACACUAAUGACCUUCUCCAGAAGAAAGCCAUGUGUUGACUUGUUCUGGGGAGCAGAGCAGUGGUUUUGCUUAAUACAUUUGUGUUUCUGUUCUUGCUCAUGACCUUAUUUGCACUUGAAAUGAGCGAGCAAAGAUCUGCAAUUAAAUGGAGAGCAUGUAUAUAUUUAUACUAGUGUAUAAAACACUAGUAAAUACAGGAGGGUAAAACUCCUGGAAGGUGGCCUUUUAGACUGGUGAUAUCUUAUUUAUCUAUUCAGUAACCAUGUUUGAGCCCAUUAUCAGCUAAUACCAUUUUACUGGACUGUUUUCUGCUAGGUAGAGCUGCACAACUACUAAUUGAUAUUAGUAGGAGUUGCAUGCAGGUUGGACAAAAGUCUUUAUAAUGUUUACUUGUGACCAGGGCAGACUGUUGAAAUCAUUUGUGUCACUGGGGGGGGAACAUAAAACUGCCUUGCUUAUGAAGAACUCGCCUUAGUAACUGUGUGAACUCUCAUCAGAUGAAGCUAUAUUGUAUAUAAGUGCAAUAUAUUUUUGAAGGUUUGUAAAUGUGUACAUACAAGUGAUAUAUAAUAUAUAUAAAAUAUGGUGUUCUGUAUAUACCGUGAAUAUAUGCAACGAAGCCCAUCUAAAAGGAUGCCAUAUACAGAGAAAACAUAUUUAACAUAGAUAUUUAAAAAUGGACAAACCCUUAACAUGCACCAAAGGUGAGCACACGUUUGUACAUUCAUAGGAGGCACAAGGGACCUGCUUGUUCAACAUGGAUCUUCCUGUGUGGGAGGAAAACAGUACUGGCUCUCUCCUAGACCUUCCUGCACAGCCAGGUGAUGGCAGGCCUAGCUUCUCUUAAGAACUGCCACUUUGAAACAGCUGGGUACUGCUGCCCUGGGAGGUAAUUUGGGCCAAGUUUGAGAGUUGGGUCCCAGGAGGAGCUGAGCAGAUGCAGUUCCCUUGAAGUCUCACUUCUAGGGGUCAGGAAGGUGGAUUUUUUUAUUUUUGGUAGCAGUGUACUUAACGGCUCAGCUGGAUGCUGCCCACGCCAGCAGCUCAGGCUGGAUGAACCCAUGGGCUGGUGCCAGCUUGCAAAGUCCUAGGAUGUCAACAACUGGAAAUGCAUAGGCAAGGUUUUUGAGAGAGGAAGGUGGCAUCAUGGCUCAGCAGGCCAAGCAUUAGCAAGGAGUAGGGCCUGCAAGCAGGUUACACAUUCCUGGUGUCUGUGCAUCACAUGGACCCGCUGCUGAGCUGGAGAGACCACACAGCAGCAGGCACCUUGAGCCUAGAACCAGCUGGGAGUGCCAAACACCUCUAAAAGAUACUGCUCUGCACUAUUUACUCUUUGUGUGCAUGUGCUUAUGAAGGAAAGGCACCCUCUGGUUAGUAGUGAGGGAGGAGCAUUUAAACAGCAGUACUUGGCUCUAAGGCAAAACUGUGCAUUACAUGGUAAGCAGAUGAAUGUGAGUGCCAUGUCCAGUGUCAAGAGAUUUUAUUAGGGAUCUGGAUAAUGAAAAGGGUUUAUAAUGUUUUUAGAUGGCACAAAGCUUCACGUGCCUCACUUAGGACAUGAAGGUCAACCUGUAAAGCCUGGAGAAAUAGUCCAGAAAAGUAGGAUAUGAUUCUGUUUAAUAAUUAAUGAUUCCACUUGAUAGUUAACUAAUCAUAACCUAAAUUGUUUAGCUCUGUCAUGGUGCUGUUUGGAAGAGGGAGGUAAAUGCCACAUUGAGUUGAUCAGCAGGAGCAUGGCCUGCAGGAAAUCAGAGAUCCACCUUUUGCCCUACUUGGCAUCGCUGAGGCCUCUGCUGGAGAGCGGUGGCCUGCCAGCAGAGCCUGGUCCUACUGGAUGUCUCAGAGAGGCCAAACCAUCCGGUCCUUCAGGCAGAGCUCGUGGCUUCUGAAGUGGAAGGGCUGGAUGAUUUGGCUGGUUAAGAGUCACAUUCAGAAGGGAAGGUUGAUGGGAGCAGCCUCCCAAGCUGUGGAAGUGUUCUCCCCAUCCGUUGCAAGCACAAGUAGUGGGUGUAAUUUGCAGAAAUUCAGGUCAGGUGUCGAGGCAGUUUCCUCUAGUGAGAAGAGCAGGUUGCUCAGGUGGUUUGGCAUUGGAGGUCUUCAGAGCCAGGCUGGGCAAAGGUAUCUCUGGGCUGUCACAGGUGUAAUUGAUUGUCCCUUGGUGCUGAGACUAGGUGACCACUUCAAGUCCCUCGCCACCUUAUCUUUCAAUGAUUUACAUGAAAUACAGUAUUUUGGGAUUUGUAUUUGGAUCAAUCCUGAGCUGGUUCAUGGACCACUCCAUUCCCCCCUCCUUCCUUCUCCUCCUCUGUUGAUGGGCCCACCAGAGGGCCGACGAUACUCUGGGCACCACGUGCUCCCCUCUUUGCUCUGUGGCUGGAGUUGAGCAAACUCCACAUGGAGGCAUCUAUGACCGUGGGCAUGUGGACAGAACCCAUGGGCUCAAAGCCGAAGGAGAGAAGCUGAUGUGCAGCACAACAUGCAGAGACUUGGCCAAUACCUGCCACCCCAUACAGGAAUCCACCGCCUGCAGAGCAGCCACGGGACUCGCCAACCCGCCGCUUGGGCUUCCCUUCAUCAGUCACGGGAAUAAUGUUACUAUGGCAAGGGAAUUUUUUUAAAAACCUGAUAUAUAGAAUACAUAUAUAUAUUUACACAUUUUUAUUGAAAAUGGAAGUUUUAUUACAGAAACUCGGUCUAGGGUCAGGGAAAUAGAUUUUAGAGUCUCCAUAGAGGUAAGAUUGACAUGAAUGUUAUUUCUUUUUACUACUUAAUGAAGUAUGUGAACUAAAUCUGACGAUUGUUUUCCACUAUAAGAUACUCUGGGACACGGGUCUUAUAACAGUAGCAGCAAUGUCAUGUAUGUUUUAUGAAACUGAUUUUUUUUGUUUUGCUUGCUGUUUUUUAAUUGAAAAUGUAUUUUAAA